AUGAAUACAAUACAGAAAGCAAUUGCACAGACAGAGGAAUUUGAUUUACCUUUACCAACAAUCAAACCACCAAAGAAGAGAAAGUCAAACAGCCGUGUAGUUAACAUUGAGGACAACAACGAACUGGCAGAUGAGAUAUAUACCUGUCAAGUAUGCAAUAUCAGAGGUCAUUGCAAUGAUGAAGAAGUAGGAAUCCUUUGGGUUGGUUGCGAUGGUUGUGACCGAUGGUUCCACAGGGACUGUCUAAAUUACCAAGAACAAACUGAUGUUGAUUUAAGCUUAAUUGUUUCUUCAAACUGGCUUUGUCAUCACUGCUCUCCUUCAGAUAUAAUCAUUGAUGCUGUACCAUCUUCAGCUCUUGGCAAGGAUCAUGUUCAGCCAUGUCAUGGUGAGCUGGAUGUUGAUGUUGAGCCAUUUUCAACUCUUCAUCAGGACAGUGAAAUUCCAGAGGGGCAAGGGAUGCUUAUUUGUCAAGUCUGCAUGGUCCACCAAUUUGUUUCACCUAUUGAGGAAGAGGUAUACUGGGCAUCAUGUUAUUACUGCAACAAAUCCUACCAUGCUAGUUGUUUACCUUCUAGAAUUUAUCGGGCAUAUGAAAUGAGGAAGUUGUCGGACUCGUCCUGGUGUUGCCAGAUGUGCCCUGCAAGAUAAUCAUCAAAAUGAACCGAUUGUUUUGACAGUGUGUACACUUACCCUACAGCUAUGGUGUCUACAGAAGGAGCCAGCAGUCUAUUUUUCUCACCAUAAUAAUUGGACACAGAAAAAAAAAUUGUGGUUGGAUGAUAUUAAAUCAAAUGUAUGCAUGUCAGAUUGAGACAGAGACAGAGAGCUUUCAUUAUAUAUAUAUAUAUGUGUGUGUGUGUGUGUGUGUGUGUGUGUGUGUAUUAGAACUGCAGAAUCAAUUUGAAAAUUUGUGAUUGGAAGAUUAAUUUAUGCCUGCCAAAGUUAGUGUAAUGUUUGUUCCUGCAUGUGUGGAAUGUCUGUCAAGAGUGACUUGAAUUAUAAUUUGGAAUAAAUGAAUGAAUCAAUUAUAGAUAUAUAAAUGAAUAAUCAUUCAGAAAAACAAAUGAAAACAAAAUUAAUUUAAUAAACUUUAUGUUUAUAAGUA